AUGGGCCUGAGGGGUGUGUCCUCUGUGGACACCCUGGCUGGCUGGAUGGCCAGGGGAGAGGGGAGCCCUAUGGGGAGACUAGCUCCGGAGACACUCUGUGUGGUGCAAGGGGAGGUGAGCCAAAGCCGUGCCUGAGCGUCUGUCUGUGGGUGACAGCAGGUUGAGGAUAUCCCCUGGUUAGGUCCUCUCUUAUGUUACUGAAACCUGCUGAUUAGGGCCAGGCACCAAUGUACACCUACACACACACACACACACACACACACACACACACACACACACACACACACACACACAGGAUGAUCUAGUAUUGUCCUAGGUCUACGUUUGUGUGCGUUUUAGACACAAUGUUUGACUUCUCCUCUUGGCUAUAUGAAUACUCUUACCCUCUCAGUCUGUCAGAAGGAAUGCCUGGUCUGUCGGUCGGUGGGGUUGUCUCACUUUCUCUUUUGCUAUUUGUGUGUGGUUGUCUCCCCCCCCCCCCCCCCCCCCCCCCUCUCUUUCUGUCUUGCGUGCUUUGUAAGCCUAGAGUGUCUAUGGAAGUGUGUGCGAGUGUCAUCUGCUGCUGUCCUAAUCAGCAAGCAGCUUUGCUCUAUCGUCACGGUAACAAGGAGCCUAUUACUGGGGAAAUGAGGUGUGAUUAACUCUAAGGUUUUACCAGACGGACAUCUCAACUCAGUCUGUCUGGCACAGCAUGUUCCCCUACACAUAGUACAGAGCUUCCCACACCAUAUACCGCACCAGCUCUCACACACUACACAUGCACACACACGCAUGCAUAUAUCAUGUGUACACACACACACUCUCGCUGUGUGAGUGUUUGCGUGUGGGUAGGUACGCAGCAUGAAUGUUUCUCACACUAGCUGAUAAACAGAUGGAGUGUGUGUACCAUCAAACAGAUGACAGACAACUUGUGAGCCUGUGAGGAAAUCCUUUAUCAGUUGAACCCAAAUGACUUUAGUAGACUGUAGGCCACCACUACUUGGAUUAUUAAAGUGUUUUAAUGUCGUUGCAUAUUUCUCUGGUGCUCUUCUGAUUUGCCAAUGUCUCUGAAGCAUAAAUAUUAGUUGAAAACAUGUUUAUUUUUUAUGUUCUCUUUCCUCUCCUUCAGAGACGAGGGGCCAUCUCAUAUGACAGCUCAGAUCAGACUGCUCUGUACAUUCGUAUGCUCGGUAAGUAUUGCCCCUGUCACAUACAGUACACAACAACUAGCAUUAUGCUAGGUAAGUAUUGCCCCUGUCACAUACAGUACACAACAACUAGCAUUAUGCUAGGUACGUUUUGCCCACUGUUACAUACAGUACACAACAACUAGCAUUAUGCUAGUUACUGUAAGUACUGUCCCCACCCACACUCACUCAGCAGCACCACCAGCAGUGUUGUUCUAGCACAACUACCAUUCCAAUACUAGCAACUAUAAGUACUGCCCACUGUCCCUACAUUCAGAAUGAACAGGCAUCAUCAGGCCUCUAGAUUGCACAUCAAGGAAAGGGUUUAAAUAUAGUUAGUAAUGUUUUUGUCAUAUUAUAUAGCUUAAGUAACAACGUGAGAAAGUGAUAAAUAACGUGAGAAAGGGAUGGAUAAAUAAAUUGAGAAAGGGAUAGAGGAAUUCAGGCAGACUGAGAGGAAUGCAGAGGGACUCACUGCAGACUCUCUCGUCUGGUCAAUCCCUGAUCUCAUUGAUAAUCUCUCCAUCACAUAAGGCUUAAGUCAUGUCUGAGGCCAACCAGGCCAGCCGUUGGUCCACAGUAUUAAGCCUUUCUUUGUAUUUUGAUCAGAUUUACUGAGGCAUAGAUUUAGUUCUGUGUCAUACUGGGCUCAUAGGCCUGUGGAAUGUUCUGGGUCCUCUGUGUGGAUGCCAGGAGUCCACUCUACUGUGGUUGUUGUUUGUAACAGUCUGUCCUGUCUUGUUGGUCAUGUACAUAUGUAUAUUCUAUGUUGUCUGCACUGCCACGUAACAAUUGGGAUAAUAAGGUUUAUGGAAUUGAAUUGGAUUUAGCCUUGCCUAUCCCGGAGUCACAGUCUAGCAGACCAAGACAGAUUAGACCUUAUGUGCGGCCACAUGGCCUGUUCUGUUGUCAUGGGAGAAUAUAUACAGUGGCUUGCGAAAGUAUUCACCCCCUUGGCAUUUUUCCUAUUUUGUUGCCUAACAACCUGGAAUUCAAAUGCAUUUUGGGGGGGGGUUUGUAUCAUUUGAUUUACACAACAUGCCUACCACUUUGAAGAUGCAAAAUAUUUUUUUAUUGUGAAACAAACAAGAAAUAAGACAACUGAACUUGAGCGUGAAUAACUAUUCACCCCCCCCAAAGUCUAUACUUUGUAGAGCUACCUUUUGCAGCAAUUACAGCUGCAAGUCUCUUGGGGUAUGUCUCUAUAAGCUUGGCACAUCUAGCCACUGGGAUUUUUGCCCAUUCUUCAAGGCAAAACUGAUCCAGCUCCUACAAAUUGGAUGGGUUCCGCUGGUGUACAGCAAUCUUUAAGUCAUACCACAGAUUCUCAAUUGGAUUGAGGUCUGGGCUUUGACUAGGCCAUUCCAAGACAUUUAAAUGUUUCCCCUUAAACCACUCGAGUGUUGCUUUAGCAGUAUGCUUAGGGUCAUUGUCCUGCUGGAAGGUGAACAUCCGUCCCAGUCUCAAAUCUCUGGAAGACUGAAACAGGUUUCCCUCAAGAAUUUCCCUGUAUUUAGAGCCAUCUAUCAUUCCUUCAAUUCUGACCAGUUUCCCAGUACCUGCCGAUAGAAAAACAACCACACAGCAUGAUGCUGCCACCACCAUGCUUCACUGUGGGGAUGGUGUUCUCAGGGUGAUGAGAGGUGUUGGGUUUGCGCCAGUCAUAGCAUUUUCCUUGAUGGCCAAAAAGCUCAAUUUUAGUCUCAUCUGACCAGAGUACCUUCUUCCACGUGUUUGCCUAUUGUUUUCUUUAAGCGAUGGCUUUUUUCUGGCCACUCUUCCGUAAAGCCCAGCUCUGUGGAGUGUACGGCUUAAAGUGGUCCUAUGGACAGAUACUCCAAUCUCAGCUGUGGACCUUUGCAGCUCCUUCAGGGUUAUCUUUGGUCUCUUUGUUGCCUCUCUGAUUAAUGCCCUCCUUGCCUGGUCCGUGAGUUUUGGUGGGCGGCCCUCUCUUGGCAGGUUUGUUGCGGUGCCAUAUUCUUUCCAUUUUUUAAUAAUGGAUUUAAUGGUGCUCCGUGGGAUGUUCAAAGUUUCUGAUAUUUUUUUAUAAGCCAACCCUGAUCUGUACUUCUCCACAACUUUGUCCCUGACCUGUUUGGAGAGCUCCUUGGUCUUCAUGUUGCCUCUUGCUUGGUGGUGCCCCUUGCUUAGUGGUGUUGCAGACUCUGGGGCCUUUCAGAACAGAUAUAUAUAUAUAUAUAUAUUGAGAUCAUGUGACACUUAGAUUGCACACAGGUGGACUUUAUUUAACUAAUUAUGUGACUUCUGAAGGUAAUUGGUUGCACCUGAUCUUAUUUAGGGGGCUUCAUAGCAAAGGGGGUGAAUACAUAUGCAGCCACCACUUUUCUGUUAUUUAUUUUGUAGAAUGUUUUGAAACAAGAUAUUUUUUUCAUUUCACUUCACCAAUUCUGACUAUUUUGUGUAUGUCCAUUACAUGAAAUCCAAAUAAAAAGCAAUUAAAAUUACAGGUUAUAAUGCAACAAAAUAGGAAAAACGCCAAGGGGAUGAAUACUUUUGCAAGGCACUGUACACAGGGCCAGGAGUUUUCCAGGAAAUACUCUGGGCCCUUUUUUAUAACCUACAACUGGCCAGGUCACUGUGUGACCUCACUUCCUGUCUGGUGGAAGCCAUGAUGGUUUGUGCUGCAAAUAGUUUGUGAUUUAAGUAGUAUUUUCUGAUAAAAUUCUGUUGGAAGAUAAUAUUUUUUAUUUUACACGGAUUACUGACCUCUUCAGUAGUUCAAACAUCUCAAGAAGACAGUCUAAAUGACUAUUUCCUUAACUCAAUGACGUAACAAUUGAUUUGCUGCUACUAGCGUUCCCCUGGUUAGCUCUAGCAUUGGGCCUACUUUGAGAGCAUGUGUUUUUGUGGAGUUGGUGGAUAUUACAAUUCUUAGUAAGAGGUGCAGCAGCAUCCCAGUUCAGGACAUUUAGGCUAUUUGCCAGGGCCUGUGAUCAAUUACUAAGCCAGUCUGAUAUGGUAAUGUGUUGUCAUACAGUGGGUUUAAAAGCAUUAAAGCGUAGAGGUCAGGGCACAUUGCUAAUCAACUGUCUGACCCAUAUUCCCCCGACGUCAAGGCCCGCUGGCACGCAGAAUGGGAAAAUGUGACUCACCACAUCUCAUCACAUAUUUUAAACUCACAGCUCACACACAGACAGACACAAAAUGACUUGGAUGUGUGAUUGCAUGUGUGUGAGUUUGUGUACAUCAUACAUACCCUUGUAUAUUUACAUUCAAUCUGUGAAUGCUGUGUAAGCUAUAUGUGACCAUCCUUUAAUGGUAAUUCCCAGUUUUGCUAUUUUGCUAGGGGCUUGUGUUAUAUUCAAACAGCUGUUCCCAAGUAAGUAAAGCUGGUGGGAGUGGGACUGUACUGUAUGACUGAUCUGCUGUACAAAUCAGUACUGAAGCGCUGCGUUAGUCUGUCAGUCUGACUGUACUGCUGAAUGACUCCUCUAGAAGACUAGUAUUGACUGGGUUGCCUGGGCCAGUACCAUAGCAAUACUCAGUGUUCACCUCGGAGUAUGAAGCACAAACCUGUCUACUGUACUCUACUGUAUGCUGCUCCUAGCCUGUCUUACUACUAAUACUAGUGAUACUGUAGCCUUGCCUGGCACUGCAUGCUCAGCUAUCAGCUGUUCCUAGCUCUUUUAGUGAUCUACAUGCUGCUCCCCUUUGAAGAAUGAGGGAGAGAGCGAGAAAGAAAGUGUGUGUGAGGAGAGUGCAUGUGGGUGAGUACAGCAUGUUGGUGACCGUGUGUGUGUGUGUGUGGGAGAGCUCUUUCUCCACUAUGUUACAUGACUCUUGAGGACGUGUGUGUGUGUGUGUGUGUGUGUUGUUUCCCUCUAGGAGAUGUUCGUGUGAGAAGUCAGGUAGGAUUUGAACCAGAAGGAAGAGGUUCCUACCCGUACCUGUGCAUCGACUUCCGGACCCUACACUGUGAGUAUGAACCAUGACAAAAACCUUCUUUCCUCACUGGCCUCCUUAGUAGUGCUAAGUACUGCUACUAGCUAUCCACACUGAAGCACCAAAGGAAGGAAUGCCAGGGCCCAUUAUUAACAACAGUCAUAUAGUUUGACUGUAAUCCAAGAAAUAGUAUCUGUGUACAUAUACCCAGUCUGUUGCUCAAUUCAUGCACUUGGUAAUGACAUACGGUAUGAAUUUUCUCUAGUUACCCUCACUGAUCAGUUAAGAGAGAGAGCGGGCACCCGCAUAAAUACAGCCCUCUGUGGGUACUACCUGUCUUAACUCAGAUCUGCUACACCAGACAGAUUGACUGACCGAUGUUGGUGCAUAUCUUAUUUAUUUCACACACUGAUUAGUCACCCUCGCCAUCUAACAAUCACUGUCUUUGUGUAAAUAAGCCAACCUGAAGAAUCCUUAUGUGACUGAGCAGGGUUGGGGUGCUAUUCUAGUUCAGGAAGUGGAGUGAUAUUUAUUUCGGUCACAGUCUUGUAGAGAAAAUACUGUACAAUUUUCUAUUCAAUGAAAUUGAAUGUCAAUCUCCUUAAUGUUUUAAAUUGUUUAAAAAGCACGACUUGUGACUGGUGUGUGUGUGUGUCCAGGCAGUAGUGUAAGUGUGUGUGUGUGUCCACCCUCGGGAAGUAGUGUUCAUAGUCGACCAGUCUUAAAUCCAGUGUGACCUGACACUGGACAAAAUCAUUUGUUUUGUCCACCUCUCAUUCUUGUUGAUUUAAUUAUAUUGUUUUCAUCAGUGUUCUCAUUCUUGUUGAUUUAUUCAACAUUUGGACAUUUGGAUAGCCCUUACAGUCUCAAUUAUAAGUCCACCCAAACAUUUGUUGUGCAACAUUCCUGAUCAGGAUUUGGAGCAGAUGUCUGAGACUUGUGCCUGGGGAUUAUCAAGCAGAGUACAUUACUAAAUGAUUAGAUAGACAUCUACUGUGUAAACCAGACACGCCAUGUCAUCCCUCUGUGUCCCUUUCUGUACAACAGAAAUAUGUUGAAUCUAUGCAUCAUAUUUCUAUCCACUAUGUUGUAAACCUUGAACUGCAGGGGGUCCACAGCCGUAUGUGUUUAAUUUUUUUGACUAUUACUAACAGAUAACAAAAUAAUGGCUGUGGGUUCCAUGGAAUAAGUUGAAGGUGUUAUACAAUGUUUAUUAUUAAUCCACAAUUCAUGUUCUUACCCCUUGGUUACAUGUGCCUGGGAUGCUCACAGGGAUAUUGGGAUCCACAGUAAGCCAUCAGUUUUUUAACUUAAAGGCCCAGUUCAGUCAAUAACUUGAUUUCCCUGUGUUUUUAUAUAUAUUUCCACACUAUGAGGUUGGAAUAAUACUUUGAAAAUAAUGAUAAUGCCCUUUUUAGUGUAAGAGCUGUUUGAAAAGACUGCUUGAAAUUUCAGACGGUUUUGGUGGGAUGGAGUUUUGGCCUGCCUGGUGACAUCUUGGGGGUAAAUUAGAAAGAGUUCCUCUGUGCCAACCACUGGAGGUUGGUGGCACCUUAAUUGGGGAGGACUGGCUCGUCAUAAUGGCUGGAUGCCAUUCCAUUCCAGCCAUUAUUAUGACCUGUCCUCCCCUCAGCCAACAGCUAGUUUUCAGUUUUCUCCUUCCCACUCAGACCACUCCCAGACGGUCCUAGGAAAAUUCUUGUUUGAGAAAUUGUACUUUGAUAAGAAGCUAUUUGUUUAUUUUUUACCAUUUGUAAUUGAAAACAGUCACAGUAAGGUACUUAAUUGUUACUAUAAAUUUUUUUGCAAUGCACUAAUUUUAAGCUUUAAAACUGCAACAUGUUCUCUGUCUCAUGACAAAAUGUGUAGAAUUGCAGGACAUUCGCUUGAAAACUGCACAUUUUCUCUCUGAUGCCAAGAGGUUGGCCUUUUAAAAUGUUCCUUCCCAGGGCCUGAAGGUUCGUCCGGCCAUGCACUGCCAAAGUCAUAGUACCAUUCCUUGUAUGCUAGUUUUAUAUCACCCUAGUUAUGAGGGGGUCCCUGAUGAAUUUGCUAUAACAAAAGGGGUCCCGGACCCAAAAGGUUUGAGAACCCCUGUUCUAAACAACUCCAAUGUUCUGAAUAAACCCUUGUCGGUGUUCCUGUGUCUUCAGCCUGCUCAGACUCCACCUCCGCCUCUAGUCUUAUCGCUGGUCCUGGCUUCAUUUCGGCUGGGCCAGUGUCUGGUAGGAGGCUCCGCAGACUGCUCAGCUUCCAGAGAUACCUGCACUCGUCCCGUCUGCUCUGGGGAACAACCCACCUCAACCCCCUCCACAUCCUGGACGAGGACUACAUCGGACAGGCCAAGGUCUGAUACUUACACAGAACAUACACUCUGAGCCAAUCAUACACUCUUAUGCAUACACAAUUAAUAUUUAUGUGCAUGGCUUAACACACAUUUACGUGUGUUUUUCUCUUGCAGUGUAUGCUGGAAAGGGUCGGGAGCUGGAAUUUCGACAUUUUCCUCUUCGACAGAUUAACGAAUGGUAUGUUUCUGACCGAUGUCCAUCUUUUCUCCUAAAGCCUCACCUACAUUUUUGUAAUGUCAUCAUCCUCACAGAAUGAGUGUAACAUUACUGCAUAGGCCUGCUUUCAACUCAUCAGAGAUGUGGACAAUGAUGCCCUCUGGUGUUUGUUUUGCUGAAUGCUGUGUAGAACUGGGAUGGUGGGGCCUCUUAAGUCCUUUUCCAUAUAUUUUCAUUGCAAUGCUAAACUCCUCCACGACCACAUAAAAACAGAACUACCCACCCCCAAACACUAUUCCUGACCAGCUCUUUAAACUACAUCUCCCAUCCCUCCCCUCUCCAUGCAGGAAACAGCCUGGUGACGAUGACCUUCCACCUCCUGAACCAGUAUGGUCUGCUGGAGCUGUUUCAGCUGGACAUGGUGAAGCUGUGGCGCUUCCUGGUCAUGGUGCAGGAGGACUACCGUAGCCUCAACCCCUACCACAAUGCUGUGCACGCCGCUGACGUCACGCAGGCCAUGUACUGCUACCUGCGAGAACCCAAGGUAGCAGACAGAGAUUGACAGUGCUGGUUUUCUGUUGUAGAGAAAGUAUUCAGAAGUAGCUUAUUGGGUGUUGAACUGGGCUAUUGACCACAUUAUCCCACUGACCUAAAGCCUAGGCAUUAGCUCCUGGGCUCAUGGAUAUGAGCAGAGAAAAGUGAGCUGACAUUCCCUGUCUCUCCAUAGCUGGCCAAGUCCCUGACGUCCUGUGACAUCCUCCUGGGCCUGCUAGCAGCCGCCACUCAUGACCUGGACCACCCGGGAGUCAACCAGCCCUUCCUCAUCAAGACCAACCACUACCUGGCCAAGCUCUACAGGGUGAGAGCACAUAGCUGGAGCAGUCCACAGCUACUUAAGAAGACAUAAGGCACUACAUUGCAGUGCUGAGGCAUCAUUACAGUCUCGGGUUCGAUCCCAGGCUGUGUCACAGCCGGCCGUGACCGGGAGACCCAUGAGGUGGCGCACAAUUGGCCCAGCGUCGUCCGGGUUAGGGAAGGGUUUGGCGGCCAGGAUUUCCUUGUCUCUUCGUGCUCUAGUGACUCCUUGUGGCGGGCCAGGCGCCUGCAAGCUGACAUCGGUCGUCAGUUGGACGGUGUUUCCUCCAACACUUUGGUGCGGCUGGCUUCCGGGUUAAGCGAGCAGUGUGUCAAGAAGCAGUUAUGUCGCACAUGCAGCUAACAAAAACAUAUGGAAAUGUCUGCUAUACCAGUUUCAUUUAAGGACCAAAGGAUUGACAGCCGUCCCAUAUAGAUUGCAAAAUAGUUGGGAAGAGAUUUUUUAUGUACCGAUCCUGUGGUUAUGAACUGAUACGCAAAACGAUGCCGGAUUCAAAACUUAUAAUUUUUUAAGUUAAAUUAUUAAAUAAAAUUCUUAGUCAAUCGAUUAAUAAUACUUUUAGCAAAAAUGUUUUAUUUUCAAUUUACAAUCUGUAGAAACAAUGAGAAUAGAAAGGUUCAGAACUUUUGUAAAACAUCACAGUACAGUUGAAAAAUAUAUGGCAAAUAGAAAUCAAAUAUGGAUGGUGGUAAGAGAUAGAUGGGAGGUGUUGAAUGGAAUUGAAGGAUGGGACUAAUAACAACAAGAUAAUAAUGUAAGCAUACUGUGUCCAUAAUAAGUAUAUACAGUGGGGGGAAAAAAGUAUUUAGUCAGCCACCAAUUGUGCAAGUUCUCCCACUUAAAAAGAUGAGAGAGGCCUGUAAUUUUCAUCAUAGGUACACGUCAACUAUGACAGACAAAUUGAGAAAAAAAAAUCCAGAAAAUCACAUUGUAGGAUUUUUAAUGAAUUCAUUUGCUAAUUAUGGUGGAAAAUAAGUAUUUGGUCACCUACAAACAAGCAAGAUUUCUGGCUCUCACAGACCUGUAACUUCUUCUUUAAGAGGCUCCUCUGUCCUCCACUCGUUACCUGUAUUAAUGGCACCUGUUUGAACUUGUUAUCAGUAUAAAAGACACCUGUCCACAACCUCACAGUCACACUCCAAACUCCACUAUGGCCAAGACCAAAGAGCUGUCAAAGGACACCAGAAACAAAAUUGUAGACCUGCACCAGGCUGGGAAGACUGAAUCUGCAAUAGGUAAGCAGCUUGGUUUGAAGAAAUCAACAGUGGGGAGCAAUUAUUAGGAAAUGGAAGACAUACAAGACCACUGAUAAUCUCCCUCGAUCUGGGGCUCCAUGCAAGAUCUCACCCCGUGGGGUCAAAAUGAUCACAAGAACGGUGAGCAAAAAUCCCAGAACCACACGGGGGGACCUAGUGAAUGACCUGCAGAGAGCUGGGACCAAAGUAACAAAGCCUACCAUCAGUAACACACUACGCCGCCAGGGACUCAAAUCCUGCAGUGCCAGACGUGUCCCCCUGCUUAAGCCAGUACAUGUCCAGGCCCGUCUGAAGUUUGCUAGAGUGCAUUUGGAUGAUCCAGAAGAGGAUUGGGAGAAUGUCAUAUGGUCAGAUGAAACCAAAAUAUAACUUUUUGGUAAAAACUCAACUCGUCGUGUUUGGAGGACAAAGAAUGCUGAGUUGCAUCCAAAGAACACCAUACCUACUGUGAAGCAUGGGGGUGGAAACCUCAUGCUUUGGGGCUGUUUUUCUGCAAAGGGACCAGGACGACUGAUCCGUGUAAAGGAAAGAAUGAAUGGGGCCAUGUAUUGUGAGAUUUUGAGUGAAAACCUCCUUCCAUCAGCAAGGGCAUUGAAGAUGAAAUGUGGCUGGGUCUUUCAGCAUGACAAUGAUCCCAAACACACCGCCCGGGCAACGAAGGAGUGGCUUCGUAAGAAGCAUUUCAAGGUCCUGGAGUGGCCUAGCCAGUCUCCAGAUCUCAACCCCAUAGAAAAUCUUUGGAGGGAGUUGAAAGUCCGUGUUGCCCAGCGACAGCCCCAAAACAUCACUGCUCUAGAGGAGAUCUGCAUGGAGGAAUGGGCCAAAAUACCAGCAACAGUGUGUGAAAACCUUGUGAAGACUUACAGAAAACGUUUGACCUGUGUCAUUGCCAACAAAGGGUAUAUAACAAAGUAUUGAGAAACUUUUGUUAUUGACCAAAUACUUAUUUUCCAGCAUAAUUUGCAAAUAAAUGUAUUAAAAAUCCUGCAAUGUGAUUUUCUGGAUGUUUUUUUCUCAUUUUGUAUGUAUGUAUGUAAAAACAUAUGCAAUAUUGAAGCUGAUCUACCCCCCCCCCCCCCCCCCCCCCCCCCCAAAAAAAAAGAAAAAAGAAGCAGUGCGCUUUGGCAGUGUCGUGUUUCGGAGGACGCAUGGCUCUCGACAUUUGCCUCACCCGAGUCCAUAGGGGAGUUGCAGCGACGGGACAAGACUGUAACUACCAAUUGAUACCACAAAUAAAUCAAUGAAAGGAAUGAUAAUAAAAAUCUAAUCUUAGAUAUCUGUUUUGAUUUGUUGAAUCAAUUAGCCCAUACCUAUUACAAGCUUAUCUUUCCUAAAAAUAAAACCUUAUAUCAGAAUAUUUAGGCCAACUUUUUGAUCCUGCUUAGUAGUAUACCCCUCUGGCUAACUCUAAGCUGGCCAAGCUGGACAGGGUGAGAAGGCAAAGCAAUCCUGUAGCAUUAGACCUGGCUGGAGAUCACUAGAUGGCCAUGCUUGACAGGACAAAAGUGGUGAUAACGUCUUAAAAUUGACCUAGUUCAUCGGGUAUUUGCUCUUAUUUUAAGAUAAUGUUGAGGUCUAUGAUUUAAUGUACUUAGGAACUCAAGAUAACAGUGUUAUAGAAAUCUAAUGUAUAUGUCUCUGUGGUCUGUAGAAUUCCUCUGUUCUGGAGAACCACCACUGGAGGUCUGCAGUAGGUCUGCUCAGAGAGACUGGCCUGUUCUCCCACCUGCCUGCUGAGGAAGGGUCAGUCUAGGUUCUCUUUUUCCAGUGCCAAGUAUUUUAUGAUUAAUGAACAUGACUCUGUUGUUAAAGAGGAAGGUAAUGAGUUGGUUGUUGUACACUCAAGUAUGGUAGUAUACAUUUAACACAUUUAUUUAAACUGCUCAUGAUCUCCUCAGGCUGAAGAUGGAGCGCCAGCUGGGUUCUCUGAUCCUGGCCACUGACAUCAGCAGACAGAACGAGUACCUGGGAAAGUUCAGAACACACCUGAACCAGGAUGACCUGUGCCUGAGCAACGCCAGCCACCGACACUUCAUCCUCCAGGUCAGUUACCAGCUGGGCCGUAGGCUUAGAGUUGGGCCUGGGGAAACUGUGGCAACUAACCAGUCAUUGUGGCUCUUAGUUGUGCAUGGGAAAACUGUGUAGAACCGGUCAUUUUGGCUCUUACCAGCUGGAAACUGUGGGGUCUAACUGGCUAUUUUGUUUCUAACCCCUUGCAGAUGGCUCUGAAGUGUGCGGACAUCUGCAACCCCUGCAGACCCUGGGAGCUGAGCAAACAGUGGAGCGAGAAAGUGACUGAAGAGUUUUUCCACCAAGGUAGCAUCUCAUUCAUUCUCCUCUUCUUAAUCUCUCUUUUUCUCUUCACCUAUCCCUCUGAUCAGUGUGUUGUCUAUCCCUCUGAUCUCUGAUCAGUGUGUUGUCUAUCCCUCUGAUCAGUGUGUUGUCUAUCCCUCUGAUCAGUGUGUUGUCUAUCCCUCUGAUCAGUGUGUUGUCUAUCCCUCUGAUCAGUGUGUUGUCUAUCCCUCUGAUCAGUGUGUUGUCUAUCCCUCUGAUCUCUGAUCAGUGUGUUGUCUAUCCCUCUGUAGGAGACAUUGAGAAGAAGCACAAACUUGAAGUCAGUCCACUGUGUGAUAGCCAGAGCAACUCAAUGGGAAACAUUCAGAUAGGUAAGUUUUUAUGACGAUUUCUAGGUAAGUACUAGCUACAUUACAUUGAUUAUAAACCAGAAGCUCUAUUAGGCCCGCUUCUCUAACCCUGUGUGUGUCUUCCGGUCUUCCCUUCCCCAGGUUUCAUGACGUACGUGGUGGAGCCUCUGUUUGCCGAGUGGGGACGGUUCUCUGACACACGUCUGUCCCAGACCAUGCUAGGCCACCUGGGGCUGAACAAGGCCAGCUGGGGUGGGUUAGUACAGCAGGAGGGGUCCUCUAGCCCUGAGGAGCUGGAAGCUAGCAGCCCUGCCUCCAUCGCCAUGCCAACGCCCGCCGUCACCCAGUCAGAACCAGAGUCUGCCUCUGCCGCGGAACCCAUAGCCUUCACCACGGCAACAGCCACGGGAGAAGCCAACUCCAAAGAAAUACCUUGGGGAAGCAAAGAAUCCUGA